AUGACAGGGAGAAAGAUUGAUGAGAAUCAACAUUUGAAUCACCAGCAUCCCAUGAUGGAAGUGCAGAGGAAGAAUGAUGGUGAACGUUUUUACUGCGAUGGGUGCGGUGACCCAGUGCUUGGGCCUAGCUACACUUGCAACAUUUGUUACAAUGGUGGCUUCAAUCUCCAUAAAUCAUGUGCCGAGCUAACGGGUGAGAUCCACCACCCGAUCCACCGCAAGCACCCACUUACUCUUGACACAAGUGACAGGGAAAAGAGUUGCAGUGCAUGUCAUCAACAUUGCAUCUCGAGGUUCAGUUACAGUUGUUUCCAAUGUGAGUUCAACAUUGACCUCCAAUGUGCUUCCAAUUGGCGCAACAUUCUUGACUUUCAUGACCACAAAUUCACCCUUCAUAGGAAGCCAGCGCAAUUACCUUGUGAAGUCUGCGGCGAAGAUAGGGUUCGUGGUAAUAUUUACAAUAAAUAUAGCGCCGCCAUGUACCUCUGCAGCAUCUGCCAGCUCCUGGUCCAUGGAUGUUGUUCUUGGUUACCAACCCACAUCAAAACGGCCCAGCACCAACACCGCCUAAAGCUCACCUGGUGGUUUGAAGAUACUUUCCCGAAAAUCCAAAAUUUCUGUGACCUCUGUUAUAAAAACAUGGACAACAUCCGUGCAGUUUAUUAUUGUGAACAUGAAUGUUGCAGUUAUGUCGCCCACAAUUACUGCGUAACACUAUGUUAUGAGGCAGUUGAAGAUAGUGCUGCUGCUGAUGAUGAUAGAAUAAUCAACAAUCAAAUUCAGUUCCAAAUCGAUCACUUCAGCCAUCCACAUGUCUUAGCCCUCAUCAAUAGUGAUCAUCAAGAUAAUGGUGAUGAUGAUAAUGAUAGAAUAAUCACUUGUAAUGGCUGCAUGCGACCCAUCACCAAAAUUGAUGCCUUUUAUAGCUGUACAGAACAAGAGUCGUGCCCUUUCUUUCUACAUACUGCUUGUGCACAGUCACCUAAAAAGGUGCUUUUCCCAUUUGUUACUGGCCAGUGUGAACUCCAUCCUAGGGUUCAUUCGAUUGGUGGGGUGUUCAAGUGUUCGAUGUGCCGAACGUUUGGCCAAGGCUUCGUAUACUUUGAAUUUAAUAAUCCAUUUUUCCACUUUGACCUUCACUGCACUAUUCUAUGGAAGCAGAAGGCUCUUAAACAUGAGGCUCAUGUUCACACCCUCCAGUUCAACACAUCACUUGAAAGCAGUUAUAUAUGUAGGGGUUGUGGCACUUCGGGAAAUUAUUUUUGGUUCAGUUGUAGGAGAUGCGACUUCCAUCUCUGUUUUUCAUGUGUUAAAUUACCUCCUACAGCAAGACACAAGUACGACAAUCAUCCUCUCAAGCUCACCUAUGACAGUGUUAAAAACGAGUUAGAUGAAUAUUAUUGUGAAAUAUGCGAAGGCAAACGAGAUCCCAAACUCUGGUUCUACUCCUGCUCGGAUUGUGACUUUGAUUGUCAUCCUCAUUGCAUUCUCGGGAGGCAUCCGCAAGUCAAGUUAGGAGAUAGUUACGAGCAUCCGAAUCACCCACACCCUGUCACCCUUGUUGAAAAGAGGAGGAGUGAAAUUCCUUCCGAUAAGAGAGAGCGGAUUCUUCCUUGUAAGAGGUGUGGUCGACCUUGCAAAGGAUUGGUGUUUGAAUGUUCUGAGUGUAAUAUAAAUUUCCACGUAGAAUGUCUUGACUAA